AUGUCUUGGGACCGAGUGCUCCCCGCUCCAGCUGGUCUGCACUAUGACAUUCCCCAAGUCAGACCUAGCGACCUUCUCGACCACAAGAUUAUGAGUGACCUUCCCAAGUCCCACGGACCUUUGGUGUGCCGCCAGGACUCGUUCAAGUAUGCCGACCAACGGCCAAACGAUGUACAACAAGCCCAUCAGCAAAUGGCAGUCUUGAACAAAGGGGAUAUUCCCCUUCAGGGUGAUCAGAUGACGCCUAUAUCGAAUGGACAUUCUAACGUUAAUCUCGUGGUGAGACCAUCUGGUGCUAUGACCUCCAAGGAAAUCUCCCGCUCGUCUUCCUCUUCUGGCAGUGCGAGUCCGGUGAGGUCUGCUAAGGAAAGAGAUACUUUCUGUCUCUGCCAGCCGGAUCCCAAAGUUCCCCGGCCCCGUAAUGCUUUUAUUUUGUAUCGACAGCACUAUCAGGCGACCGUGGUAGCUCAUAAUCCGGGCAUGGCAAAUCCAGAUAUCUCCAAAAUCAUCGGAGUGCAGUGGAGGAAUCUUUCAGAAGAAGAGAAGUCAAAGUGGAGGACUUUGGCGGAGGAAGAGAAAAUCCGUCACAACCAGCAAUACCCUGGCUAUCGCUACCAGCCCCGACGAAGUGGUCGGGAUGGCGGUGGUCGCGGCCCUGGCACGGGUAUCAGUAACAAUACAACGGGUGGCACGCACUGCACUCGCUGUGGUGGUCGCUUUAUGCAUCCACCAUCACCAAUGACCCCAUUCACCCCCACGACUGCUACGGCAGAGUACCGACCAUCAGGUCUCUCAGCACCUGGCACACACAAAACCGUCAUGACAGCUAGAAGCUCGCACGGCCGGGAUAGAGACGAGCCCAAGCUGAUCAAAAUUGACGCAUUGGAUUCCCGCUCUCGUUCUCGCCAGGGAGAAGAGAUCGGUGGGAGGUCACCAGACAACAAACGCCGUCGUGUUUCCCAUAUUCCCCAAAUCCCCCCCAAGCCGGGCAUGAUCGCCCGUCGAGACAUGAGUCCCGAGUCUCCAUACUCGGCAGCUCCGUAUAGUGCUCGUCCCGACAUGCAACCUCGCAACAUGCUUCCGAUGCUUCAUCCACAACGCCAAUAUAGCAGCGUACAGGGCCAGUCACACCCAGACCCGAGUUUAAAGCUACCACCGCUGCAGACCGGCACACCUGUCAUGACUCCCAUUACGCCAAGUUUCUCCACAGAACCCAGCGUGGAGGCCACCGUGAUGACAAUCCCUUUUCUCAACAAGAUCAAAGUCCUCGCAAAAAUCUCGCCGCCUUUGGUCCCCUCAUUCCGGGAAUCCAGCCCCCAAAUUCGAGGCCCCGUCAUCGCAGUCGAUGGCCACGAUCCCGAACUGGUCCAAGUCGCCGUGGAAUACCUCCACCGUAUCCUAAGGAGGGAACCGAAAUACCACGUCCGUGUUUUCGAUGGACCGGACAUCAAGCCACAACGCGACCCCAACUCAGAAGGCGGUCCAAUGGGUGACGCAACCGUCGACUACCUGGACACCAUCUCAGCAUGGCAUCGUAUCUCCGAUGAAGUGGUCAGCUUCGUCAAGUCCAUCUCAACAGCCAUGUCCGUUGGUUCCCGCUCCAGCCCAGAAGAGGAAACCAACAAGUUGAACCUGUCGCCUAAAUCUCUCAUCCCAAAGACUGCGAACAUGCAGAUCCAUUCACCUGCACAAUCGAGUGAGAAUGGCUCCGAUGCUAGUGUCUCCCCAAGUGUACCCGGUAGUCCGUGUAAUAUUCCUAUUGCGCUCGUACCGCGGUAUCAGAUUACGACUGCGGAUACAUUCGCCUGCUCUAUCCCUAUCCAUGAUUCAUACGCUCCCUUAGAUCAUUGGCAGUGGAUGGCGUCGCUCUGGCGCGCCUGUGUUGGUCCUGACAUCACCGUUUAUAUCCGGGAGUGUAGUCGCGAGGAGCUGGAGCGCGCGGGUGGCAAUGCCGUUGAAGUACGGUUGCAGGAUGCGCGGACCAUCGUGCUGAGAAAGGUUGUUGGAUCGUCGCGGGAAUUGGAAGAAAAGGCGUUGAAGCGCGUUGGGUUUGAGAUUGAGGAUUUCUUGACACAGUGA